UACAUUCUAGGCUUUACUAUAGAGGGCAGUGGAGUACAUGUCGCUGAGAAGUCGCAGAGAUGUCGGAAGUUGCUGGGAUUCUAGAAGCGGCGCACUUUGCUGCUAUAAAGCAUAAAGCACAGAAGAGGAAGGACGUGGAGGAGACGCCCUACAUAAAUCACCCCAUAGGUGUUGCUAGGAUAUUAUCUCACGAGGCUGGAAUCAGCGAUAUAACUGUCCUGCAGGCAGCUCUUCUACAUGAUACAGUUGAAGAUACAGACACAACGUUUCUGGAAAUCGAGCAGACGUUUGGGCCAGAGGUCAGGAGAAUAGUAGAAGAGGUGACUGAUGACAAGACACUGCCAAGGAUGGCGAGAAAGCGGCUGCAGAUAGAGCAUGCCCCACACUGCAGCCACCAAUCUAAACUGGUGAAACUGGCAGACAAGUUGUACAAUCUGCGGGACCUGAACCGCAGCACUCCAAAGGGCUGGUCAGAAAAACGGAUACAAGAAUAUUUCCAGUGGGCAUUCCAGGUUGUGAAUGGUCUACGAGGCACAAAUGUGGUGAUGGAGAAACAUCUGGACCAGUUGUUCAAAGAGCGGGGAGUUUCAGCUUGAAUCCUCUAUAUGAGAGUGCACAUGUCCCCAAGAGAGUGCCACUUGCCACAUCUUAUCAGUGGAAACCUAUGCAACGAUUUGUAGAUCUUUAGUCCAUUAAAUACUGGUGUAAUCAGAGAGGAUGUGAAAUAGACGCCUGGUGCCUUGUGAGGGGUGGGUGCUGUUUAACAUCUUAGUGACCACCCACAAUCCCUCAUCCAGCUGUAUUGAUGGAAAAAUAAAAAAGUUAUAGCUCUUGGAAUGUGACAAAAAAAUAGCUUAGUCUCUGAGGCCCAAAACUGGCUGGUCACUAAGGGAUUAAAGUUCUUUUGCUUUCAGGAUCUGUUCUCUUUAGUUGUGAAAUGGUGUUUUUAUUUUUUUACCACAAUUUUGUGAUAAUUGACAGCAGCAUGUGAACACACCCUAAGAUUAAAGCUUUAAUAACCUGAUUGGGGCAAAGGUAUUUCUUACCAUGCUGCAGUCUUCUAGCUCCUUCCAUAAACACUGGAUGGAUUUAUAACCACUAUGUGUCUAAUGCUUUAUGCAUGUUUGAAAUCAACUAUUACUUUUUUAUGUUAACUCAAGGGAUUUUAAAGUGAGCCAGAAGCUAAAAUGAUAUGUAAGGCACUACCUGCAGGGGAUGAUAUCUAUUUCUUGUCCUCAGAUCCUGCUCCAUUAG